AUGCCAGCUGCAUAUGCGGUGCGGGAUGGGGGUGAUGCCAAAUCCAAAAAACAAAGCAUGGCAGAUCUUAAACUUAGACGGCUCCAAGAACUCAACUCCCGUCUCAAAGAAGACCUCGAGCGGCCUCGCGUUAAAGUGGCUGAAGCGUCUCUGAGCCUGAUCAACUACUGCAAUCAAACACGAGACUACAUGGUGCCUUCGGUCUGGGGACAGGUUGACAGAAAGGAAGAUCCUUACAAUCCUCAAUCUGCAGGAAGCGAAGGAUGCUGCAUUGUCAUGUAA